AAUUUUUAUUUGUUUGGAAGUGAUGAGAGCCGAACAUCUUGGAGAGUUCUUAAGAUUGAUAGGUCGGAGCCAUCAGAGCUCAACAUUCGAGAGGACUUCAGUACAUACACACAAUGUGAAUGUUUUGACCUGUUGAAACGGAUAGAUGAAGGAAAUAGGUCAACUGGUGGACUAAAAUUUGUUACAACCUGUUACGGCAUCAUUGGUUUUGUCAAGUUCUUGGGACCCUAUUAUAUGCUGCUUAUUACUGAAAGAAAGCAAAUUGGGGCUAUAUGUGGUCAUGCUGUAUAUAAGAUCACCAAAACUGAUAUGAUUAUGCUUCCAAAUUCCUGCAUGCAGUCCAAUCUAGUCAAUAAGGACGAGAACAGGUACAAGAAGCUCUUAUGCACCAUAGAUCUCACGAAGGACUUCUUUUUCAGCUAUUCAUACCACAUCAUGAGAAGCCUUCAGAAGAACUUACGUGAUAAACAGAAAGGACAGGCCUUAUAUGAAACUAUGUUUGUCUGGAAUGAAUUCCUAACACGAGGAAUUCGUAAUCACCUUAAGAAUACACUUUGGACUGUUGCAUUAGUAUAUGGGUUUUUCAAGCAGGACACAUUUUCAAUAUCUGGGAGAGACUUUCUGUUGACACUUAUAGCUAGACGCUCAAGGCAUUAUGCUGGAACCAGGUAUCUAAAGCGAGGUGUUAAUGAGAAGGGUAGGGUAGCAAAUGAUGUUGAGACAGAACAGAUUGUAUCUGAAGAAAUUCCUGGUGUUACUUCCACACAGAUAAGUUCUGUUGUGCAGAACAGGGGUUCCAUUCCGCUUUUCUGGUCACAAGAAACCUCAAAGUUGAAUAUUAAACCUGAUAUAAUAUUACAUCACAAGGAUAAGAAUUUUGAGGCUACCAGGCUCCAUUUUGAGAACCUUGUUAAUAGAUAUGGAAAUCCUAUUAUUAUUCUUAACCUGAUUAAGAGGCAUGAGAAAAGACCUAGAGAAUCUCUACUCCAUAGAGAGUUUGACAGGGCAAUCAAGUUCUUAAAUAAUAGUCUAACGGAGGAGAACCAUUUGAGAUUCUUACAUUGGGAUCUCAACAAAAAUUCUCGGAACAAAGCCAAAAACGUGCUUACUGUACUGGUGAAAGUAGCGUUACAAGCCAUAAGUUUAACAGGCUUCUUCUAUUGUCAAGUGAUACCAACACCAAGGCCUGAUGGUGCCCCUAUUUUGAAUGUUCUUUCGAAGGAUAAUGUUGGCCACUAUUCAUCUGAUAACAACAGCAAUAGUGAUAAUACAGAUGAUGUUGAUACGUUGUGUGAUGGAUCCCAAGAAGAUGUCUCUUUAAGCUCUGACGUAUCUGGUCACGCAAUCGCAGAGGAUAAAGUCGAAAAUAGUGAAAUUUGCAUUGUCAAACCAGCAAAGUUCCAAAAUGGUGUUGUGCGCACGAAUUGCAUAGAUUGCUUGGACCGUACUAAUGUUGCACAAUAUGCUUACGGUUUAGCUGCUCUUGGACAUCAACUUCAUGCAUUGGAUAUUAUAGCUGUCCCUGAGAUUGAUUUAGAUGACCCUUUGGCUAAAUAUCUAAUGUGCUUUUACGAGAGAAUGGGUGACACUCUUGCUCAACAGUAUGGUGGCUCUGCUGCUCACAACAAGAUAUUCUCUGAGAGAAGAGGUCACUUGAAGUUGGCAAUUCAGUCUCAGGAGUUCUUUAGAACACUUCAAAGAUACUAUAGCAAUGCCUAUAUGGAUGCUAAUAAACAGGCUGCUAUAAACCUAUUCCUGGGCUACUUCCAACCUCAAGAGGGUAAACCAGCCAUUUGGGAGUUAGACUCUGAUCAGCAUUGCAACCUAGGAUAUGAUCACCAUUUCCCUUACAAAACUUCAAGGUCAUUCAUCAAAAGGUCUCUAUCAGAUGGCAACAUUCUUCGCGAAAGCAGUUCACCUUUGUCCAGCUGUGAUGCUCGUGUAAAUGGAGCCCUAAACAAAGCACUCUCUGAUUCAAUAGAAGAGACUUCAAAUGGCAUGAACAAAGUAUCAUACUCAAGGACCACUCCCACAAUACCUCUUAAGCAGCUUCUUAUAAAUGGGGAAUAUACUUUUUACUAUGAACCUGGAGAUUCAAACUUUCUGAACCUUGAUUCACUGUACUCUUCUGGAUGGGAGGAAGAAACAUAUGAAAGGUCUACGGCCGCAAGCACACCAGUUGGGAAUCUUUCAUUGGAAAAUGUUAUCAAUGGCAUAGCAACUGAGACAAGUACACCUCCAAGUGUAACUGGCAUAAAGGGAAAACAGAGUGCGGAAAUACUAGAGUAUGAUGCUUCCCAACACUCUGCCAUGUUAAGCGAGUUCAAUGAGAGUUUUGUGAAUUGGGUCAUUCACGGUGAUACUCUCUGUCGGUAAUGCUGAUCCCUUCAUAUAUAUUCAUACAUUCCCUCUAUGACCCCAUCCCGUGGAUGUGUCGGGGCCGCAACAACAUGUACAAGUUAGCAUGAAGGGAGAGAGCCCUCCGCAGGUUAUCUGUUGUGAUAUGUCACUACUAUCUGCUUAUCCUUUUUGAGUCUGUGUACAAGUGCUGUUAAUUUUUGUUGCUCCUAUUUCUUUGCUCAUAGCUGGCUAAAUAGUAUGAGUACAUAAUAAAAUGAUUCUUUUUUUUUCUUUUUUUGGGUUUAAAAAAGAAACAAAUCUGUAUAAUUGUUUAUCGGAAGCUGGAAUUUCCCACUAUGUAAAUAUAUGUAACGAUGCUACGCUCUAUUGAGCUCCUUUCUCUUUUUAAUAUUUGUUUUCUUGCUCAGUUUUAA